UGUUUUCAUGGAGUGAAGCUUGGCGUUGCGUCAACACUAUUCCGAUCACUCAUUAUUCCUUCUUCCAAGCCAAGACAAUAAAGGACAAGAGAAGACCAUAAUCCCAGCUGAGUCUGUGAGAGAGUGAUUAUCAUCUUCACCUGCCUCCAUCGUCGAAAAGGUACGCACCUCAUUUCAGCGAUGCAGCAAGGAGAUUACACCUCCACUCCAUACUAUCAGUUCCCUCAUCUCCCAAAUUCCAAUCCCAAUCACAAUCCCAACCCUAACCCUAAUUCCGAUCCACACUCAGCCCCUUACGCAUCCGCACCACCCUUCUCCUCCGGUUACGCUCCCUCCGAUUACACCUCUUACUACCCUACAUAUCCCCCAAAUCCCGAUCCUAUCCCUGCCCCACCCGCACCUCCUGUCCCUGCCCCUCCCUCCCCCACUGCUCCUUCCUUCACCAAUUUCUCUUCCUUCAAUUCUCCAUCCUUUGACUCUCACCUUUCGUACCAACAACCACCGCCACAUCAGCAUCAACCACCACCACAACAGCAACCUUAUUAUCCACCUUUCGAUCAGCAUCAAGCGGCUCCAGCUCCGAUCUACGCUCCUCCUCCACCACCACCCCCCUCCGUUACGCCACCGUACUCCGCACCGUAUAGCCACGCUGGAUCUACGGUCCCUCCAGCUCCCUCCGCAUAUGAUCCACCCUACGAUAACAGUCCCGCCAAGUUCGAUCACUCUGGCGCUUUCUUUGACGACGGCUACAACAGCUUUAACCGUAGUAACCGUUCUGAUUCGUAUGGUAACCGACACGAUGACGGUUUCAGCGGGUUUAACCGUGGUAAUCAUCGUUCUGAUUACCGCGAGGAGGUGUACGGGGAUGGCGUGUACGCUUACGAAGGAGGGAAGGUGGAACCGUACGGGGCUCGUGGAACCGCACCAAAAUCGUCGACUUGGUCCGGUUUCGAUGAUUACGGGAGAGCGAUCAGUCUUCCAACGGCCGCAAAGGAACCUUCCGGUGGAAGCAAGAUUGUGAAGGCAGUGCCGAAGGUGGAGACGCGAGAGGAUCCCGGAAGCGGGGUGCAGAAGUUCCGGGUGAAGCUCUUGGCGGAGAGUGGUGGCCAGAGCACCAUGGAUGUUCUGUGUCAGAUUGGUUUGGAUGGAAUUCGAAUGCUGGAACCGAAUACUAGUCGAACAUUGAGAAUAUAUCCUCUUGAGAACAUAACAAGAUGUGAGAGGUUUGAUUCGUCUACCCUUGCAUUCUGGUCAAAGAGCCCAGUGGACAUUGAGCCACGACGAAUCAGAUUGCAAUCCAAUAGUUACACUACCAACACACUUUUGGAUACUGUAACUGCUGCCACCAUACAGUACAAGGAAAUGGGUGGAAGCAAAAGACCCACAGAAUCGUUAAGAACUAAUGAACAGCCUGCAGAAAAAAGGAAAGGAUUUGGCGAUUGGAUGAAUUUGAUUAAACCUCCCAAUGAAGAGAAGGAUCAUUGGGUCCCAGAUGAAGCAGUCUCGAAAUGUACAGCAUGUGGCACUGAUUUUGGAGCUUUCAAUCGCAGGCAUCACUGUAGAAAUUGUGGAGAUAUUUUCUGUGAUAAAUGUACACAUGGUAGAAUUGCUCUAACUGCUGACGAGAAUGCUCAACCAGUACGUGUUUGUGACCGAUGCAUGGCAGAAGUGACUCAGAGACUGAGUAAUGCUAAAGAAGUAGCAAAUAAACCAGUGUUGCAAAGUCAUGAGGAUCUUGCCAGGAAACUUCAGGAGGAGCUGGAGAGGAAUCGAAAGGCAUCAGGUUCCAAGUCUGAAGGAUCUGGAAGACGGAUGAAGGAAGUUGCAUGUCCUAUUUGCACUGUCCAUCUGCAGGUCCAGGUACCCAGCUCAGGUUCAGAGACCAUAGAGUGUGGAGUUUGCCAGCACCCAUUUCUUGUGAGUGCUCAUUGAUUGAUGAAGGUGUCCAUAUGUGUCAACUUGUUAACUUGUUUUAAAUUCAAUUUUUCUUAUCAAUCUCUUGCAGUCUAAUAAUUUUAUAUGGACUUUUAUGUUCUGCGGUUUUUCUUUUCGGCGCUUCGAGCUUGGCAUGUAUAUGUAUACCUGUAUUUUUAUCCUCCUUAAAAUGCUGCGAUUUGCUUGUCCCUUUGUAUAAAAAAGAUGUAGAUGGUGAACAUGCAUGUAUAGCUGUGUCGAUGUCUUUGCAGCUUAACUGGUUUGAAACUCAAUACCAAAAAAAACUGGUUUUGAAACAAUGUGGUAUCUAUGUCAACUGUUUUUGAUAUUCGGUAUGUUGGAUUAAAAUUAAUCC